GAAGUUUACCAGGAAGGCAUCACAAGGAGGAGGACACAGGACUUUACUCUACGGCCAUGCCAUCUUACUUAGACAUUCAUUUAGUGGAAUGUACUUGACAUGCUUGACUACAUCCAGAUCUCUCACAGACAAACUUGCAUUUGAUGUUGGACUGCAGGACACAGCAACAGGAGAAGCCUGUUGGUGGACAAUACAUCCUGCAUCCAAACAGAGAUCUGAAGGAGAAAAGGUUCGAAUUGGAGACGAUCUGAUUUUAGUCAGUGUUUCUUCUGAAAGAUACCUACAUCUCUCCAUAUCCAAUGGAAUGGGAAAUAUUCAGGUGGAUGCUUCCUUUAUGCAAACACUGUGGAAUGUCCAUCCUACGUGCUCCGGGAGCAGUGUGGAGGAAGGGUAUCUUCUUGGUGGACAUGUUGUCAGGUUUUUCCAUGGUCAUGAUGAAUGUUUGACGAUCCCAUCUACUGACCCAGCAGAGGCCCAGCAUAGGAAAGUAAAUUAUGAAGCAGGUGGAGCAGGUGUUCGAGCCAGGUCAUUAUGGAGAGUGGAACCCCUCAGAAUCAGUUGGAGUGGAAGUCACAUCCGAUGGGGGCAGACAUUCCGCCUUCGCCAUAUUACAACUGGGCAAUAUUUGGCACUGACAGAGGACCAAGGACUAGUGCUACAAGACCGAGCAAAGUCAGAUACUAAAUCAUCAGCUUUCUGCUUCAGAGCAUCCAAAGAAAAAUUGGAUUCUGGGCCUAAACGAGACAUCGAUGGAAUGGGAGUAGCAGAAAUAAAAUACGGAGAUUCCAUUUGCUUUAUCCAGCAUGUAGACAGUGGCUUGUGGCUAACCUACAAAGCCCAAGAUGCUAAAACAGCAAGACUAGGACCACUUAAAAGAAGAGCAAUCCUGCAUCAGGAAGGUCAUAUGGACGAUGGCGUUACCUUACAGAAGUGUCAGCAUGAAGAGUCCCAGGCUGCUAGAAUCAUUCGUAACACCACAGGCCUGUUUAGUCAGUUUAUUAGCAAUUUGGAUUCUUUAACGGGGAAUAAUCGGACAGUAACAACCCCCGUCGCCCUGCCUAUUGAGGAGGUAGUUCAAACCCUGCAAGACUUGAUUACUUAUUUUCAGCCUCCAGAGGAAGAUCUAGAACAUGAAGAUAAACAGAAUAAACUCCGUUCACUAAAGAACAGGCAGAACCUUUUCAAAGAGGAGGGAAUGUUGGCUUUAGUACUAAAUUGCAUUGAUCGCCUAAAUGUGUACAGCAGUGCGGCACACUUUGCUGAAAUUAUUGGAGAAAAAGCUGGGCCAGCAUGGAAAGAAAUACUGAACCUCUUCUAUGAAUUGCUAGCUGCCCUGAUUCGUGGAAACAGAAGUAACUGCGCACAAUUUUCCAAUAAUCUUGAUUGGCUUAUUAGUAAGCUAGAGCGUCUUGAGUCUUCUUCAGGAAUUUUGGAGGUUCUGCACAGUAUCUUGAUUGAAAGCCCAGAGGCUUUAAACUUAAUAGAGAAAGGACACAUUCGCUCUAUCAUUUCCCUGUUGGACAAGCAUGGAAGGAACUACAAGGUCCUGGAUGUCCUUUGCUCUCUGUGUGUUUGCAACGGAGUUGCAGUACGUACUAAUCAGAACCUCAUCUGUGACAACUUGCUGCCUAGGAGAGAUUUAUUGUUACAAACCCGCUUGGUUAAUGAUGUCACCAGCAUGAGACCAAACAUCUUCCUGGGCGUGGCAGAGGGCUCAGCUCAAUACAAAAAGUGGUACUUUGAGAUGAUCAUUGAUCAAGUAGAUCCAUUUUUGACACCAGAACCAACUCAUUUGCGCGUUGGCUGGGCUUCAACCUCAGGUUAUGCUCCAUAUCCUGGAGGAGGUGAAGGAUGGGGAGGCAAUGGUGUAGGUGAUGAUCUUUUCUCCUAUGGUUUUGAUGGUCUCCACUUGUGGUCUGGUCGAGUACCAAGAGCAGUGGCUUCAAGUAACCAGCACUUACUUGCUUCUGAU